UUAUUAGAAUAUUCAGGAAGGUUCCUAUUCCUCAGUUUCUGAAUAUCCCUCCUAAGUCUUACCAUAUGAUCAGAUACAUGGACUCAAACACUGCAGGUUCAUGUCGGGGGGUCACAGCUAAAAACAUCCUGGUUUGACCUGAAAAACCAGUUGGUGGAUGAGUCCCGUGAAAAAGCUCCCAUGAGCUUUCACCAGGACAACCCUAGAUAAACAACAGCACACAACAAAGACCUCAUAAACGAGGGACACACUGGAGAGGAACGGCAGCUUUAGAUAGAAGUUCUCUUGAAGCUGAUUGCAAAAUGAGAUUAAAAUCUAGUAAAGCAUCACCUUACAAGCAUUGAUACGUGGGUUAUAAGUGUAUUCAAGCGUCUAACUAUUGUGUGAGAGGAAGGCACUUAAUAAUGCCUUCAGGUACCAAAAAGUCAAGAUCUCAAAGUUCCAAGCCUGCAGCAAAGAGCAAAAGAAAGCACUCUUCCAAGAAGAGGUCUGUCAGUGCCAAAUCCACAAAGACAGAUGUGGAUAUUCUGAGUCCAGCUGCCAUGGAGAACGUCUACUACAUCUCCCAUAAUGCAGUGGACUGCUUGGAGUUCAGAGGAUUUGGCUGGACUGGAGCCACCAAGAAGAAAGGAAAAAAGGGCAAAAAACAAAAGAUCAAAAAAUGAAGACUAAAUUUGUGCCAAUUUAAACUUAAAUAUAAAUGUGCAUGCUUACUUAAAUGGAUAAAUUAUUAAGGUUAGUUAAGAUGGAUAUUUAAGUUAUCUCAACAAAUUGUAAGUUGUCAGUUAACU